GUCCGCCCGGGCCGCCCGCGCCCUCGGGAGCCCUCGGGAAGCCUCGGAGCGACCCCGGGGCGGGUCGGGGGCGUCAUGGCGGCCGCCGGGCGCGCGCUGCUGCUGCUGCUGCUGGCGGGGACCGCGGCGCUGCCGUUCCCGGGCGAGGUGUGCCCGGGCCUGGACCUCCGCAACGACGUGCGGCGCCUGUCGGCGCUCCGGAACUGCUCGGUGGUGGAGGGGGCCCUGCGCAUCCUGCUGAUGCCGUCGGCGCGGCCCGAGGACUUCCGGGGCCUGAGCUUCCCGCGCCUGGUGCUCGUCACCGACUACGUCCUGCUCUUCCGGGUGUCGGGGCUGCGCAGCCUCCGCGAGCUCUUCCCGGGCCUCGCGGUCAUCCGGGGCUCGAGGCUCUUCUUCCACUACGCCCUCGUGGUCUUCGAGAUGGCGGAGCUGCGCGAGCUGGGCCUGCGCGGCCUCCGGAGCGUCGCCCGCGGCUCCGUCCGCCUCGAGCGCAACCGCGCGCUCUGCUACGUGGCCAGCGUGGACUGGGCGCGGCUCGUGGACGACGUCGCCGGCAACUACGUGGCCGGGAACCGCGCCGACGGCGAGGGCUGCGCCGACGUCUGCCCCGGGGCCGCCGGGGGCACCCCCUGCCCCGCCACCGUCAUCAACGGGCAGUUCGUGGAGCGGUGCUGGACCCACGCGCACUGCCAGAAGGGCACGUCCGCGUGUCAGCGCGCGGGUGUCUCCGCGUGUCCCCCCGCGUGUUCGUCAACACGCGUGCGUCAGCGCGGUGUCGGCUGCUGCUCUUCCGUGCGUCACCACGUGACACUGCGAGUCCAGGCCGUGUUCCCUGACGCGUGUGUGUCAUUGCGCGUCGGCUCCGUGUUCCCCGCGUUCUCCCAUCGGCGUGUGUCACUGCGUGUCAUUGCGCGUCGGCUCCAUGUUCUUCCGUCACCACGUGUCACCGCAUGUGUCAGAGCCGUGUUCCCUGUUGCUCCUCCAUCGACAUGUGUCGGCUCCGUGUUCCCCGUGUUCUUCCGUCAGCGCGUGUCACCACGUGUCCCCCGUGUGUGUUCGUCCAUCAACGCGUGGGCGUCAGCUCGCUCCGUGCUCGUCCGUCGACAUAUGUGUCGGCUCCGUGUUCCCUGUUGCUCCUCCAUCGACGUGUGUGUCGGCUCCGUGUUCCCCGUGCUCUUCCGUCAGCGCGUGUCACUGCAUGUCGGGGCCGUGUUCCCUGACACGUGUGUCAUUGCGUGUCUGCUCCGUGCUCGUCCGUCGACAUGUGUGUCGGCUCCGUGUUCCCUGUUGCUCAUCCGUUAA